AUGAAAAGAAGCGAAGGCGAAGAUGAUAACGAUGAUGUCGGUGAGGUUUAUUAUGUCAUGUACAAAAUUUUUUUUGAUAAAAAGUUGACAUUUUCAAAAAAAUUUUGGAAAAAAAAUUCUCCGAACCUUUAUCAGUUAAAUUAUUAUCAAAAAAAUCAGAAAUUUUUAACUUUGAUUCCCAAAAAUUAUCUAACAAAAAAAAUCCCCCCUGCUCCCCAUUGCCGCCACCCACCACGCGCCCCCUCCCCCUUCUUAUACGACAACACCUCCCUCCAGCAAAUGUGGCCGCGUGGCCUAAUGGAUAAGGCACCAGACUUCGAAUCUGGGGAUUGCAGGUUCGAGUCCUGCCGUGAGAAAAAUGCCCCUGAAUUUCAUUUCUCGCGCGUAGUCACGUCGCCAAACAAAAGCAACAACAUAUCAUCUGCUCGAUAUAUCUCUUUGUCUCUUCUCCUCUCUGUCUGUAAAAUGCAAGCGGAUUUCGAUUUCAAUAUCCCCUAUCGUCAACAAGCCAUCACUCGUGUUGUUCUCCCACGUCCUCCACCAGAACGAAGACGUCAUGGAUGCCACAUUUUUUGUAUGGAAUGUUUCAAGAACGUCUUCUUGGGCACUGCGGCGUUCAAGGUUUACCUAAUGGUUGCCUGGUGCAUUGGGUUGGCUGGGCUGAUGUAUCUACAGAAGCCAGAUGAGAAGUUUCAGGAGAAUAAUAAAGCCAUACUAACAAUUAUAUGCCUCAUCUACCUUCUUGCUCAGAUUUCUGGACUAUUGGCUGUGGUAACAAGGGUCGAAAAACUGUUCAUACCGUAUUGCGCGGUUUUGAUAAUAACCACCUUCGUUAACAUCAUUGUGUUGAGCCUGGCGUUUGUGGAAGAAAUUUCGAGAUAUCUGCCGAUUCAGAAAAAUCUAACAAAACUUCCAGAAAACACUUUGAUCAUUUCCCUGAUAUAUUUUAUCUACAAUGGUUUCUGCCUAACUUCUGUCUUCCAUUUGUGCGAUUUUGAUAAGAAACGGAUCCUCGCCGAUCGUCGACGUCGCGAAGAAAUUGCUCACCGAGCCCGAAUCUACAAUCGUUUAGUCGAGUUGAACGAGCGCGAUCGUCCCGUUUCGAUCAAUGUUGAUAGCCCGCCAAAAUACUCGACUCUCACAAACAAGUCAACGAUUUGUACACCACCGCCCGGUUAUGCACAAUUGAAGAAUUUGGGAUACGACGAUGAGGAGCAAUUGGGCCAAAAAUCAAGAAGAGCACUUUUUCAGGAAACUUCUAGUGAUGAGAAACAAUAA